AUGGAACAACAACAACCACAAAAAGAAGUGGCUCCUCUUCGACCCCGUGUUGCCAAUGCUUGUGAGGCUUGCAGGUUUGCUAAAGUUAAGUGUCAGGAGAGCAGUCAAGUGGGGAUAUGUAAAAGAAACGCCGACCAAAACUCCACAACAACAACCAGCAAGACCAACUCCAACUCCAAAACAUCAACAACAGCUAAGACCACAUCCAAAACUUCAAACCCCUCCUCCCUCCAAAAACAAUCUUCCCUCUCCAGCCCACCCCCCGGUCCUUCCCGUACCUUCACCAUCGACGUCCCCAUCCCCACCGCCUCCGUCGACAUAGCCAUCAGCUUGGAGUCUCUCCGUCUCAACCACGAAGGGUUUAUGGAUCACAUUUGCCCCGACCUCAACACCGGGAUCGACUCCGAGGGGGACGACGGUACCCACGACUGCGACUACGAUUAUGGAUCUGACGGCGAGCCAGUAGGGUCGGUAGUCUCUAGCCAUGCGAGCCAUGCUAGCUCCUUGCCCGUGGGAGCAUCGGCUGCUACACCGGAGAGUAGUUCUACGUCUGCUUCUGGGGGUGGGUUCAGGAGUGGAAAGGGGAACACCAGAAUGGCAGGGCAGGGAGCAGGACUGGGACUGGGCGGAAGCAGCAGAUCCCUCGCCUCCCUCUCAGUCCAACCACAAUUCAACGUCGACUCCGCUUCACGACUAUUGGACACCUUUAGGAACGUCAUGUUGUGGCAUUUUCCUUGUGUGUUGAUUGAUCAUGUCGUCUACAAUAACAACGAGAAGGAGGAGGUGAAGGCGGAACUGGAAGAAGCGACGGUGGCGUCCCUAGCAAGGGAGAGGCCGUUCGUGCUGCUGGCUAUGUUGGCGGCGGCGAGCAGUACGCGGACAUUGCAGGGUCAUAGUUUGUACGAUGAGGAGUUUAGGAAGAUUUUGGGGCUCAAGUUCGUGGCGGGGGGAGAGAGGAGUCUCGAAUUAUUGCAGGGGUUGGCGGUUUAUGUUGCUUGCUUCGCGACAUCAUGGAACCGCACACCGUCCAUGUCCUUCACUAGCUAUACCUCCAAAUGCUGCGACGUCCUCGAGAAGUACAGCAUAACUAAGGGAGAUCGCAUCCUCCCCUGGCUAGUUCGUCUCCAACAGCUCUGCGAAGAAACAAACGAUCUACGUAAGCCGCAAAGGGGUGCGGGUGGUCUUCCACAACCAACCGAGAGCCAGAUCGAGAUGAUCAUCAAAGGCAUGGAAGCCCAACUAAACGAAUGGGAAGUCAAGAUGCCUUCUGAUCUUCAAUCAAUACCCUCAAUCCGCAUAACAACUCUCUUCACCCGUCUCUUCCUCACAGGCGCCCCCUUACUCAAGUUGCCCUCCGUCAAGCUUCCAGGGUUAGAAAAAGACCCACCUUCCUUCCGGGUUGACGGGAGCCGGCUUCUCAACCUGAUCCCCACCCUCCACCAGAACUACGAGUACUUUUUAUCACUUUCGGCACACGAAAUCAACGCCUUCUCCAUGAUCGGCUGGGGGUGUCUCAUUUUGAGCACCAUCUUGGGGUUCCGCAUGAGUUUCCCCAUCAUGUUUUGUCCUGAGUGGGAUGAUUAUGCGGCGAGGAGGGUGGUGAAGUUUGGAGGGUUUCUGGAUCGGUUGUGUCGGUUGGGUACUUCUAUCUCGUCAACCUCUGAAAAGAUGGAUAAAGAUAGUAGGAAUGGCCUCACCCCCGCGACGAUGCCGACAACUAAGGGGAUGGAUGUGUUGAGUGCCAGCAAGGUUGUCUUUGCGGUAUUGAACAGGAAGUUUAAGAAUCGAGUUGCGAGGAUGGAGGGGGCUGGAACGGGUAGAGGGAAGAAUAAGGAUACGAGGAUGGGCGAUGUUGGUGUUGUUACGGGUCAACAGCACGACCAAUAUCGACACCUCCAAACAUCAACACUACCAACACAGUCCACCACCACCCGCCACCACCAGCAUUCCCAAAGUCAACAAGAAGUCCUAGACAUCCGCAUGGACCUUUCCUGCUCCAUGCUCCCUCUCGAAAUAGACAGCUUACAGGGACAAGCACCCAUGCCUACCCUACAUAUCCCCUCAACAAACGUGUCCGGAUGUCCAAUGAUGGACGGCAGUUUGGAGCCCUAUUACCCCUAUUGGAACGAGACGUUUGCUUUUAACUCUACAUUUACUGGGCUCGGGGGAAGUCCGAGUGUGAAUAGUCUUGGUAGUAGUGGUAGUGGUGGUAGUAUUGAUACGACAAGGAAUGAGAUUGCAAGUGAACAACAGAUCUCGGUUGAGGGGAGUGGUAAUGUGCCGCCGGGGGUAAUGCCAGGGAUGGGGUCGGGAACGGGUGGUAUGACUAUCAAUAUGGGGAUGGGAGCAGGCAUGGGAAUGGGGUAUAAUGAUCUCUGGGCUGCAAUGACUAUGGAUUGGGCUGCUGAUGGUGGUGUUGAAGAUUGGACUUGAGCGGAAGUGUUUUGCUUGCACAAUGACUGAUGAAUUGCUGGAUCUCUUCCUUUUAUUCUUUGUUUUCAUGUUGAUGGGUAAUUUGUGCUCAAUCUUGAACUGUCCGUGAGAGAAAAUAGAGAUAUUGUGACGAUGA